UGACACCUCUAAUUGCAGCUAUAGAUGCCGCCUCAAGGAACUGUAUGGUUCUCCUGAUUGAGGCUGGUGCUGAUCGCAUGGGAGCUUUAACCUAUGCUAUGGAAAAUAUCCAUUCUGAAGAACUUGUUUCAAGUGACUUCGUCAAUUACAUUAUGGAGGAUGUUCCUGCCAACCGUUUUGUUCCUGAUGAAGAUGAGCCUGAGUCUAAAAGGAAAGUUAAAGCGGAAGGCUUUAAGAAACUUGCAGACUGUAGUUUCAAGCAGGAGGAUUAUCUUAGUGCAGCAAAAUCCUACACUGUGGCAAUAAGGUUUGAUCCCAACAAUGCAACAUUGUACUCAAACAGGAGCCUUUGUCGGCUUCGCAUGGGCGAGGGGGACAAGGCUUUGUUGGAUGCUAACAAAUGCAGAAAAUUGCGGCCUGACUGGCCAAAAGCCUGUUACCGGCAGGGUGCAGCUCUGAUGUUGCUCAAGGAUUACAAGGGUGCACGCGAACAUUUCUCGGAUGGACUCAAGUUGGACCCGGCCAACACUGAGAUGGAGGACGCAUUACGGAAAGCUCAUGAUGCCAUGAAAGAUGUCUCGCAGCCCCAAGGUAGGGCAACUGUCCGAGUGUUGCAGGGAGGAGUUCUGGAUCUGGUCUCUAGUCGGGUUUUCAUUGAGCUUUUCACCUUUUGA